UACAAAUUGCCGGCGAUAAUACCAAGUGUUGCAAGCUGACAGAUUAAAAUCAUGAUGUGGUCGUAAAGUUUUGUUUGGAAUCAUUUCAAUCUUAUUUUAUUUUUUUGAUAAUUUAUUUCACUGUAAAUUUUAAUGCUCUGCUUGAAUUAGAUUGUUUAUAUUUUUCUUUCAUUUUCACAAGACACAAAAAUUUUGCCGCUAGUAUUAGUGUUUGACAACCCUAAAUUAUCGGUGCCUGGCAAUUCUUUCGGAAGAAGAAAAACGCACAUUUUUUUGUACCACAAACCACAAACAAUCCCACCUAGAAGUUCCGCAAAUUGUAUCAGAAAAAUAAAAUAAAUCAGUAAAAUGUCGCAGCCACAGAAACGAACAAAAGAUUCGGAUCCAAAACAGUCAGCCGAAUCCAUGGAAAAUGAUAAUUGUGAAGCGUCCACUUCCCAGUCCAAUGCAAACAGAACUGACUUGGCUGCCUUUACACAGGAAGCCUUUCGGAAUGUUGUGGCCGCCACACGUUGCUGCAACUCCUUUCCGCAGGACACGGCGCGUUCCCUUUAUCUAAGUUAUCCCGGCUAUGCACGCAUGCUGGAGGAGCAAUCCCAGAGAGUGCUAGGACUGAUCAACAAGGUGCUGAAGGUGGAGAAGAUCGGCGGCGACAUAAGGCGGCGACAAGGUGAUGAACAACUUGAAAUGGUACAAGAAUGUAAUGAUAUACUGUUCGAACGUAUCACUACCAAUCUUGACAUCAAGAGCGGACUACGACACAGGAAUAACCACGUGGUGGUGGAGACCCAAGUUGAUGUUCAAUCGCCAACAUUGAUAACCACAACAAAUGAGGGAAUCACGCCACGUGCUGGUACCUGGAAUCGCACCACCUCAAAUGUGGGAACACCUCCGCGAGGAACGGUGUCAGCUCGCUUGUUUACAGCGAAGAAUAUCAUGCGACCGCAGAUGCAGUUUAAAGUGCCGGUUGAUAAUAGUGCACAGAAUCCGUUCAAACCGAGGCUGACGGAGAAGCCCAACUCGCUGAAACCUUUGGCACUACUGCCCGAAUAUGAUGACGCCGGUGAGGUUGUGUCCUUUUUGCAUCCGUACGAGUUUGAACUGCUUAAAUUCGAGCCAUCAAAGGAGCAGUUGCAGAAGCAAAAGCCACUGAUACCGCUUCCACCGGCGCGAACUGAACUGAUGCUUGUGGACAGUGUGGAGAAGCUGCAUCAGGCGCUAGAUGAGCUGCGUCAGGCGAGUGAAAUUGCCAUAGAUGUGGAGCAUCACUCGUAUCGCACAUUCAUGGGUAUUACUUGCCUGGUGCAGAUGUCGACACGCACCAAGGACUACAUAUUCGAUACACUCAUUCUGCGCGACGACAUGCACAUACUGAAUCUGGUGCUGACAGAUCCCAAGGUGCUCAAGAUUCUGCACGGUGGCGAUCUAGAUAUAGAGUGGUUGCAGCGCGAUCUAUCUCUAUACAUUGUCAACAUGUUUGAUACGCAUCGCGCGGCAAAGGCUUUAAACAUGGCCCGCCUCUCGCUGGCAUUUCUGCUAAAGCAUUACCUGGAUCUGGAUGUGGACAAGAGCCUGCAGCUGGCUGACUGGCGAAUGCGGCCGCUGCCCCAGCAGCUGAUUGACUAUGCGCGACAGGACACACACUAUCUGAUCUAUGUGUUCGAGCGGAUGACCAACGAUUUGCUGCAAGCGGAUCAAGGACAACCGCAGUCGCUGCGCAUGGUUUAUCAGCUGAGCACAGAGGUUUGCAAGAAGCGUUACACCAAGCCACACAUUGGCCCCGACUCCCAUUUGGAUUUGGUACGCAAGACCAAACGCUCCUUUGACAAUCGCCAGCUGUACGCACUCCAGGGGAUCUUUGCGUGGCGCGAUUCAACCGCUCGGCAAGAAGACGAAAGCUAUGGAUUUGUGUUACCCAAUCACAUGAUGCUGCAAAUUGCCGAAAGUCUACCCCGUGAAAUGCAGGGUAUUCUGGCCUGCUGCAAUCCCAUACCGCCAUUGGUGCGUCAACAGCUGCACACACUACAUCAGAUUGUGCUGAAGGCACGCGAACAGCCCUUGGUUAAACCCAUCCUAGAAGAGAGUAGCAGUCGUCUUGGCAAUGCACAUUUAGCACCAACUACCAAGGACUUUAACAGCAAACUUAACUGUCCACACGACUAUUCGCAUCAGGAGGAGACACGUGAUGAUCUUCCCACUUUGCUUAGGCGCAGUGCGACUGGCAAAUUGCUGCGUCCAGACCAACAGAAGGACAACACGUCCUUGGUGCCGUUGGUCCAGCCAGCUCUUGCCCUAUUCCAAAAGCCCAAGUCACCAACUCAGGAGGAACAUCUGCGUUGGGAGCACGCUCGCAAGGAAAGUCAGAUGCUGCGUAUGCCCUACAAACGUUAUCUGGCCAUAUUACCUCUCAUGCAGCAGCAAAAGAUCGAGCAGAACGCUCGCGAGCAGAGUGAGUUGUUGAAACGACGACUGUGUCCAACGGAGCCAGCGCCAAUGAGCAUUAAAUUGGAAGCAGCGCCCAAAGAGGAGGACGAUUUGUAUAAUCUGCCGUUGAAGGAGCAGCUAAAGCGUAAGCAUCAGUCCAAUGCUGAAUGCGAUCAGCCCAGCAUGACCAAGCGUUCCAGGAAUGAGGAGAAUAACCAGCACAGUGCAUCCACAUCCAAACCAAUAAAGAAAGAAUCUAUGCCAGCCACUGUGGAAGUGCAGGAUAGCGACGAUGAAGCUGUUGUCGAAGUUCCCAUUGAGAAGAAUGCCCCAGAAAGAGCAGAUCCUCCCCUAAGCAAGCGCCAACAGAAACGCCAGCAGAAAAAUCAACGCUUUAAAGCCAAGUCACGCAUCCAAGCACAGAGCUCCAACCAUCCUGUGGAGGUGCCCACAAAUCAUGGAACGGCACAGCACUUUGACUACAAGAAUGUUGACUUCCGACAAUUUCGAGGUGGAGCACAACGUGCACGAGGCACAGAGGUCAAGACACAGAUACGCGGCAAAAAUCGUCCGAAUCAUCGUAAUAACAAACAGUUUAAUAAAUUAUUCACAUUCAGCAAUGUUAGGAAAGAGGGUAAAAAGUAAGUGACAGAGGAGAUGGAGAUUCCUGACCUGAAAACCCAGCCGUAAAUUAAUUCAAUUAUUAUGUAGUUACGAAACUACAAAUAUUUCAUAAUUAGUUUAGUUUUGUUUUCAUUCAUUCUUUAUCCUUAUUAUCAAAUACAAACCAAACUAAUAAAACUAAUAGUUGCUAAAGAUUGUGCUAUAAAAUGAAACCGUAUAGCUCAAUGGAUAAUGCAAUUAUCGAAAUUUUGUAAUAGCAAACUCA